UAGGUACCAUACAUCGUUUCCAAAAUGGCGUCUACCGGUGGAUUUAUCCUUGUAUUCAGCACGUUUUUGGCAUGUUUCCUGUGUAUUUCUGCUCUGUAUGAGGACCAAGUUGGCAGUUUUGAUUGGCGGCAGCAGUAUAUAGGAAGGUAUAAAACUGCAUACUGGGAGCAGGUCGGGGGCUCAGCAGGUGGAAAGAAAUUGUUUGUGUCAUCUGAGAAAAAUGUCAUAGCUUCAUUGAAUACAGCUAAUGGAAAACUUAUUUGGAGGAAAGUGUUUGAAGAGGGGCGUCGAGGGGAGGUGGAUGAUAUGAUCUAUAAUGGAGAUAUUUUGGUAUCUGUGUUGGGUGGUCGUCGUGUCGCUGCAUGGAGCCCAGGAUCCGGAAACCUGCAAUGGGAGUCAUACCUAGAUGGCAGUGACAAACAUAAAGGUGUGGUACAGUUUGUUGGAGAGAGUGGACUUGUUGUAGCUCUCACAGCAGAGAAAGUUUAUGCCCUACAGAUGAGAGACGGUAGCCAGGCUUGGGAUGUUGAAUUAUCUAACAGUGAUACAGUCAACUAUAAUAAACUGCAAGUGUUUGACGGGAAAAUUUAUGUGGUUGGCAUGACAGCAGGGUCAGAGGUCAAGGUCAUUUCAAUUGGACUUGAUGGAGCCGUUCUUUCAACAAAACCUGUCUUGGCUGGUUUCUUAAGAAAGGAUACAAAGUGUCGGAUAGUGGAAGAGAAAUAUCUGAUGUGUAUAUGUUGGAUGUCCUCGUCAUUUCAUGUCCUUAAUCUUAAAUCACCGCAGGGCUUUGUAUCCACAUCAGCUCAGGAUUUAGGUCAUGAUAUAACUGAGGAGUCAAGAUGGAUCGAACAAUAUUCUCCAAGUAUGAAAGGGGAGGCUGUUCAAAUAAACAAAGAUCGUACAAUUCUUGUGACAGUCAAGGACAAUGGAAAAGUCAUUGUGAUGAAAGAUCUACCAAAGAGUGUAAUAGCAUCUACUGUGCAGUAUGAGGGCAAAGAUUACAUUAUAAGCUUGGAACAGACAGGGCAUGAGGAAUUGACAGUGAAUAUGUAUGAGACAAAUACAGGGGACCAAUUAUCCGAGGCCAAUCAUAAAAUACACUACAUGAAACAUCAUGGCCGACCUUUACAGGUAACAUGUGUUCUUGGUCAGAGAAAAGAUGGAAAAAUGGCAUAUAAACUGGCACUACUGUCUGAGGAUUAUGCUGUCCAACUCUUUCAUAAAUCAGGUAAAGUAGCAUGGAGAAGAGAUGAGUUCUUGGCUUACACUGUUGCCGUAGAAAUGGUUGACCUUCCUGUGUCUGAGAACCAGGCCAAGUUUGAGGACGAGUUUGGUUCACAUGAAGACAAUGUUAUGACCAUGUUUGUAAAGAGGGUGAAAACUCAACUCUCACAAUUACAGACAUUUAUCAUACAGCAGUUACAUAGAUUACAGGGAGUAAAACAUCAUACUGUGAUAGAGGAGGGGGAUGAUGAUGAUACUGAAGAUGAAGAAUUGUUACGAGAUGAAUUUAGUCUUCAUAAAAUCAUCGUCAUAGUAACCAGUCCUGGCAAGAUUGUUGGAAUGAAGACGGUCAAUGGGCAUUUACUCUGGCAGCAUUUUCUUCCAGAGUUAGGUCCCUUUGAUAGAUUUGGGAGGGAGAAAGUGUUACUGCAUGUACAAAGAACGACAGCUCAUUUCCCGAACCCACCACAGUGUGUGGUACUGGGAAGGAACAGGGCUUCAGGACGUGGGCAGCUGUUUGCGUUUGAUCCUAUCAGUGGCCACAGUGUUGCACAGAUGCCCCCUGGUGGACUACAUCUGCCGUACAAUAUUCAGCAAGCAUUUUUACUGGGAGAAUGGGACGAGCAUUUUAUGAAGGCCUUGAUUAUGUUAGAUGAUAGUUUCACGAUACACACCUACCCAACCAGUGCCCAGAAAUUUGUAGAGAAUCAUAGAUCAUCUAUUUAUUUGUACCUGGCAGAGGUUGAUAACAGUCUACUGAGCGGAUACAGAUUGGUUCUCAAUCAAAAUAAGUUAUCAGCAGACAGUGUAUGGACAGUUAAUUUACAGAAUCAGAGGCAGAAUAUCAAAAUUACCAACAUUGUAGCUAAAUCAGUCCAUGAGCACACAUAUUCUCAAGGUCGUGUGUUAGGAGACAGAAGUGUGUUGUAUAAAUAUCUGAAUCCCAAUGUUGUGGUAAUCACUACAGAGGGUGAAGAGCCUGCCACGUCUCAGCAGAAAGGAUAUCCUGUGAUCAAUGUGUAUGUAAUAGAUGUGAUAACUGGUCACAUGAUCUUCCAUGGUAACCAUAGAAAAGCCCAGGGACCGUUGCAUAUAGUACAUUCUGAAAACUGGGUUGUAUAUAGUUAUUUUAACGCAAAACAACGUCGACACGAGAUGGCAGUGUUAGAGAUGUACGAGGGUAAGAACCAAAGUAAUGCCACAGUGUUUUCCUCGUUCACGGCUCCCCAGCAACCUCUUGUGAUGAGACAGAGUUUCAUCUUCCCUCUACCCAUGUAUACAAUGACUACAACAAUAACAGAGAAAGGAAUUACAACCAAAGACCUUUUAAUUGCCUUGAAAAAUGGUGGAGUAUUUACAUUACAAAAAGCUUUCCUGGAUCCUAGACGACCAUUAACCCCUACACAGGAAACACAAGAGGAGGGGACAUUCCCAUAUAUUCCAGAGUUACCUGUUCAUACAGAGGGUAUGAUAAAUUAUAACCAGACUUUGUAUCAUGUACAAGGAAUUCACACAUCACCUACAGGGCUAGAAUCUACUUCAUUAGUACUAUGUUAUGGAUUAGACAUGUUCCACACAAGAGUUCAGCCAUCUAAAAUGUUUGAUGUUUUGAAAGAGGAUUUUGAACACUGGUUGAUUGCUAGUGUAGUGUUGUCCAUGUUAGUCGCGUCAUUUAUUACUCAGAAAUUAGCGUCGAGAAAAGCUUUAAACCGUCAGUGGAAAUGAUGAAAAGUUUGUAAAAUCUAGGUUCAAAUUAGAAAGAAGUAUUUUGCCAUUUGUAUUUAACAAAAUACAGGGUCUACAAAGAAGGAUUUAUGUUUUGAGUUAAAAAGGUUGGAAGGAAUAAUUAAGCUAGUCUUGUGUUUUACAUUUUGGUGCAACACUUGGAUUGACCUAAUUUUACAGUGUCCAGUGAAGAGUCAUGGUUAGGUAUAAAACUGAUGUAAAGGUAUAAUAGAUUUAAAGCAAGUCAAGUAUAGAAGAUGCACUAGUCAGGAAUUAGUGUAAAAAGGAAAGAAUUUAAACUGAUAUAUGCUUUGAAACUGAUAUUGAUACUGUUUGGUUUUUUUGUCUUAAAUUUUUUCAUUUCAUUCCGCACAGGAUUGCUGAAAUGUUAAAUUCUUAUUGUUUCCCAAAUAUUAUUAUGAAAAGUUUUGAUUUAUACAUUUAAAAAAAGUAAUGGUUCUAUGCAGAAAAAAAAAACCCACAUUAAAAUUGAACUUGUUACCUACUGGAAAUGAAAGUGAUUAGCCGUAGCCUCAAGUAUACAGCCAGUCCAACCAGUUACCGACACUCAGCGGACACAUCUAUAUAGUGUGACCAGGCUAAAAUCUUUGCAUUGUGAUAUCGCAAUUCCUUACACUUAGAUUGAACUGCUCUAAAUUUAAUGCACAUAAAUUCAGCAAGUGAAGGGUUACGAUAAAAAAAACUGUUUAUCAGACAGUCAUGAUUUAGAAAUGAAGUUUAAUCGAAUAUUUAUUAGCAUGUCAUAAAUUCCAGAUUUAUAUAAGAACUUUUUUUUUCUUCAUAACAAACUUGUGGCAUUAACAGAACAAAAGUGUGUUCAUGUACUCGAAUUUUUUUUUAUUAAUUAUUCACAACAGGGUAAGGAUUAUUUUGAAAAUAUUUUAAUAGUUAAUGUUAUUAUGCAAAUAUACUAAGUAACUAACCCUCUCAAAAAUACCAGUAAUAGGUGUCAUUUAACUGACUAUCGUAAUCCUUGUGGUGUACAUGUAUGACACCCUAGACAUUCCAUAUCCAUGAUUAUACCAAAUGUUUGUAUUGUGUUCAUUUUGAUGGUGCAGUUAACAAGUUCUGUGGCUAAAU